AAUUUAACAAUUAAUUCAACGUUUCAAUGUAGCCACUUACUAGUUACAACCAUAAUUCUUCACGCUCGAACGCAAAGUUCAAGACUCGAGUUACGAGAGGAGCUCCAUCAAGCUAGCUAUGCCGCGUCUACUCUCUGCGGCGUUGGUCCUGCGCCGCGACCCACGACUCCUCAAACUCCCGCCGUAUAUCUCCCUCCUCUGUAUCAUCGUCGGUGUCGCAUGGCUUCUUAUGCUACCACUCGAUCAAUAUUCGCGCCGAACUUAUAUAAGCGAGAACGCACUCCUACCCGGUCAAGUUCACACGUAUUUCGGCGGUAGCGACCAGCAUGUCUUCCGCGCUUACAGACACGAAGUCGAUGCUUUAGAAAACAAGACCAAUAUCGAAGUUAACGACGAGCUAGAAAGCAUAUUCAGGGGUGUUGGGCUUAAGGUCGGCCGUCAAAAUUACACGUAUAGCUCUUCGGGUAAGACCCACCACGGCGAAAACGUAUACGCUAUCCUACAAGCUCCCCGCGGUGAUGCUACGGAGGCCAUUGUACUUGUCGCUGCGUGGAAGAACGUCAAUAAUGAAUACAAUCGCAAUGGACUUGCAUUGGCACUUGCCUUGACUCGCUACUUCAAGCGCUGGUCCCUGUGGUCCAAGGACAUUAUCCUCGUCGUGCCGCCCGAUAGCUACGCCGGACCCCAGGCCUGGGUCGACGCUUACCAUGAUGCGCACGAUGCUUCGCAGGUCUCCCCACUGCCUAUAAAAUCCGGUGCGCUUCAGGGUGCGCUAUGUCUCGAUUACGCGCAAGAAAACCGGUUCGAUUCCGUGCAUAUAAUAUACGACGGCGUCAAUGGACAAUUGCCGAAUCUGGAUCUGAUCAACUCUGUUGUUAAUAUCGCGAGUGGCCAGAUGGGUAUGGGGUCCGCGCUACAGGGAAUGUUGAGACAUUCGCAACAAUACGGUGAUAACCUCGAGACGGUGGUGCGCGGGAUGUUAAACCAGGCAUUGGGCCAUGCUACGGGUCCGCAUUCAAGUUUUAUCCCGUACCACGUCGAUGCGAUUACGUUGCAGCCGGCGGGUAAUGGAUGGCAUGAUGAGAUGGGCUUGGGUCGCCUGGUCGAGGGAUUAUUCAGGAGUUUGAAUAAUCUGCUGGAGAAAUUGCACCAGAGUUUCUUCUUUUAUCUCCUCAUUCAUAAGCAUCGGUUUGUUAGCAUUGGUACGUAUUUGCCGAGUGCUAUGCUUAUCGCGGUGAAUUUCACUGUUAUGGCGAUUGCGUUGUGGGUUAAGAGCGGGUAUAAGGAGGUUGAUUCGGCGGAUGAGUCGGCGAAGGAUAAGCCUAAGGUGGAAGGAAAUGGCGUUAAGGAGGCCGAGAAGUCAAAAGAGGUAGUGGCACCAGCUUCGGUGGCGGCUGAGCGAGAGGUACUUCUCCCGCUCGUUCUGGUCGUGAGUUGCCACUUCAUGGGUGUUAUUCCACUCUUCAUAUUCAACCACACACCCUCUGGUCUUCUCACCCCUAUCUUCACCAUUUUUACCCUCCUCAACGCUGCCUUACCGCCUAUGGUCUCCUACUUCCUUACCAAUAAUACGCGCAAACCGCCUACGACACAACAAUACCAGCUCAUCAAGUCCUUCUCACUCUUACUCCUCGGCAUGUUCCUCUCCUCCCUAGCCACCCUCAACUUCUCCCUCGCCUUCCUCAUCGGUCUCCUAGCGACUCCGUUAUCAUUCUCGCAACCGUGGCCCAAUCUCCCCGUGGCGAGAUACGCGCAGGUAUUACUCUUGCAUAUACUAAGCCCACCCGCGGUAUUACUCGUAGGUAGCUUAGUAGCAGGAGUCGAAAUCAGAAGCGUACUCGAGGAGGCCGCAUUCGGGUGGCAUGCUUGGGGCAUGUACACACCGCUUCUAGUAUGGUGUGUCUGGUGGCCAGCAUGGUUGGCAGGGCAGUUGAUCGUGCUAGGACAACCCGGGGUGGGAAAGGUUAAGAAGGCUUGAUAAUUCGUUGUAUCAUGUUAUUUGGGAUGGAUCGAUUUGAUUUAAACUCAUGGAGGGAAAAGGAGGAGGGUCAUUAAGCAUGGUUCAGCGUAUGCAUAUCUACUUGUCAAACAUUAGCUAGGUUUGGAGCCGGGGGCAUUACCGCCUCUUGCUGAUGAGCGAAACAGAAUUGAGAUACCAUUAAUAUCGUACUCUAUACGUAC